CACACCAAGGUCCCAACAUUUAGACGCGCCUGACUUCAGUGACCUCCCCACCUGACUGGACAUCUGUGCAUCCCAGAUAACAGGAAGGACAGUCUCCAGCACAGAGCAGCUGGCCUCAGUCUCUCAAACCUGUUGAAGAGGAUCUCCCGCCCACCUCCAGGAGCAUACACGGAAGCAGAAGCCCUGCACCUGUGUGAAGACAGGUUCACAGCGGCUCCACCAUGAGUAUGUUCAACACCUCCAUGGGGAAACUGCAGCAACAUUUGUACAAAGGCGAAUAUACCAUGUUUAGCUACACACCGAUGUUUGAGAGUGACUUCAUCCAGAUCAGCAAACGAGGAGAAAUGGUUGAUGUGCACAACCGGCCCCAAAUGGUGACUGUGGGCAUUGUUCGCACUAGCCCCUGCCUCACACUGCCUGAUGUCAUGCUGCUGGCCCGGCAGGUGCCUAUCUCUGAUGAACAUGCCAAAUACAACCCUAAGAGUAAGGAAAAAAUCAUCAAAUCUACACAGACUUUAGAGCUCACCAGGCUGCUUCCCUUGAAGUUUGUAAAGAUAACCAUCCACAACAGUAACAAGAAACAGCUCCGUCUGAAGCUCGCCACUGGCCACUCAUUUUACCUCCAGCUGUGUCCCCCUGCAGACGUGAGAGAUGACCUUUUUGUUCACUGGGAGAAUCUCGUUCACAUCCUGAGACCAGCGGUGGAUGCUUGCAGCCACACACAGGACACAGCUGAGAACACAACCAAUGUGCCUAAGUUUACAGAAGAGGAGCCGGGCCCAGAGGGACAAGCUAUGAAACCUCACAGUGGGAACACCAGGAGUCUUCAGACAGACCUUGAAGUUUCAGAAGCCACCUAUCACGAUUCCACUAAGACGGAAUGAACCUAACAAGCCUUCCACAUAUCCUGCCUUUAAGACUUUACAUUCUUGUCCAAUUAUAAAACUGAACAGUACCUGAUGAAUGGACAGGGGUGGCAACAAGAAUAAUAGUAACACAAAGAACCACAACAGGUGCCAUGCGACCAAGCCUGCAGACUCAGGAAGCAGACAGAAGCGGCAGCUUUCAUAUUUCUAAGGAGAAGCACAGCUAGUUCAGCCAUAGCAGAUGCUUCUAACAUGCUUUGAUAGUGCCAUAGUGAGGGCUACAAGUAUAACUUUGUCUUUACAGGACAUUUCAACCAAAUCAGUAGGUACUUCUGGCCUCUCUCCCAAGGAUGGCAGAAAUGAGGUAAUUUGCAGGAGCAGAGACUGUUGCCUAUGCCUGCUGCAAUAACAGCAUGAGAGUUCAGUAUGGAGACAGCACAUCUCAGCCGUGCAGAGUGGAGGCUCUAUUGGUAGAUGUGAUGGAAGGUGGAGGGCGUCCAUAUUAAAUUUCGAAUAAAGAGCUUCAAAACUCUUCACUACA